AAGGCUUUUCCCCCUCCACCAUUGCCCGUUUUCGAUCGCUGGCUGGUUGGCGCUGUGCGUGAACGAGAUCGGCGAAAAAAAGUGACCGCUCCGUGUUUGUGUAUUUUUUUCAUCGCGCCGUAGACUAGCCCCCGCCGAGUCCGCGUUAUUUCUCUGCUUCCCGGACCGCCUGCACGAGAUCGUCGAACGAGUUGGAUCCCCGUCCCCCGAGUGGAACCAGCGCCUCGGGAAAGAGGAACCGCACCGACGGCAGCAUUUUUUUUCCGGAGCAUCAUUGCGCGGAGUCAGGCCGUCCAUGGAAGGUACCGGUGAUGGGGGUGGAGGCAAGCGUGAGCCCAGUGACGAUGGGCGGGGAGACGGAGAAGUCCCGAACAAGCGGCCCCGCAGCAGCGGUGGCCGCGCCGUCGACGUUCGCUUCCUUCUUCAGAGCAGGAAUGCUGGUGCCAUCAUCGGCAAGGGCGGCGCCAACAUCAACAGCCUGAGAAAAGAGUUCAAAGCAAGUAUUUCGGUGCCAGACUGCCCCGGCCCAGAACGGAUCUUGUCCAUUGUGGCAGACUUGGACACCCUCGGAGAAAUUCUGGCCAGCAUCAUUCCCAAGCUGGAUGACGUGAGUACCCAGUUUGCUCAGCACACGGGCCAGAACGGCCGCUCGGAGAGCGAGAUGCGUCUGCUGAUGCACCAGAGCCACGCUGGCUGCGUCAUUGGGAGGGCCGGCUGCCGCAUCAAGGAGCUGAGAGAGUCUACGGGGGCCAACAUCAAGGUGCACGGCAGCUGCUGCCCCGGCUCCACGGAGCGCAUCGUGAAGGUGACUGGAUCGCCCUCGGUCGUGGUGGACUGCAUCAAGCAGAUCUGCGACAUCAUUGCGGAGGCCCCCGUGAAGGGUCUGAACAAGCCGUACGACCCCCACAAUUUCGACCCGGAGUUUGCGCAAGAGUAUGGCGGCUUUGCCGAGGGCCCCACGAGCACCACGGGAGUGACCGGGGUGACUCCCACGCCGGGACCGCGUGGGGGCGGCGGCGUGGGUGCAGUGCCCUUCUGGAGGGACGAGCCGGUGGAGCCCUUUGGCCGGGGUCCCAAGAGGGGCGGCCCCGCGGGCGGAGGGUCCCCCUGGGGCGCCCCCUCGGCGGCCCCCCAGGCCGCCCUCCCUCUCCAGAGGGGAGGGGCUUACGGGGAGGAGGCACGAGCCCCGUGGGGAGGAGGGGGCACUGCGCAGCCCAGGGACUUCCAGCGGCCGUUCAGGGGAACCGGAGCUCGAGGCGGCUACUCUGGCAGGGGCAGCUACAACGGGAGAUAAGCGGCGGUUCCGGUCCUCGAGAGGAGGAUUUGUUUGCAGCUGGCUGUUGUUGAUUCCAUGGUUGCAACGCUCAAAAUUUUUUUGCCUCUUUGGAUGUCGGUUUUCGUACCGAGAAGAUGUUUUGACGGAAAAAUUGUUUUUAUUGUCAUCAUGAAGAGAUAGAGAGUAAUCUUGUUUAGACAGCAUUGUUGAUGUGUUUUUUUUUACUUUUUUUUUUUUUUCCAUCUGAACCAGCUCAUCCGCCCACUCGUUGCUACGUGACACUGUCCCGGUUCAAAAGAACUUUUUUUUUUCUUUUUUCUUUUCAGUUUAAUUGUUUCUUAGUCCAAAGGUGCAACCUUUGAUGCUUUGUACAAAAACAUAAUAAAGCUUAUAUGAGUUGUCUACGAGAAAUUUA